AUGGUUACGAAAUUCAUAAGAUCCAUCCCGGAUGGCUACGUCAUGCUUGCAUACUACUCGGAGUUUCAGAAGAAAAACACGUUCAAACCUCGAGAGGAUGACAUCUGGAUCGUCACAUUUCUCCGAUCAGGAACAACAUGGACUCAAGAAUUGACCUGGUGUAUAGUCAACAUUGAUGAGAUAGAAGAUGCACGCAAGUUUCCCCUCUGGUUCCGAACUCCAUUCUACGAGUGGGACUGCCUGGUACCUCCAGAUGGACUUCCAGAUUUGUCACAGCUGGCCAUUCCAUUUGACACCAUCGAGGAGGCAGACAAGCACUUCCAGAAACACGGGAACAUGGUUCCUCACCUGGAAAGCUUACCUUCUCCCAGAGUUAUCAAGACGCAUUUACCAAUUUCACUAUUGCCUCCAGAAGUCAGGAAAAAUAAGAUUAUCUAUGUGUCGAGGAACCCGAAGGACUCCGGGAUCUCCUACUACUCUUUGUUUCAUACUUUCGACAGUUUCAUGGGGACGCUUGAUGAUUUCAUCGAGCAGAGCAUUCACGGAAUCAGCUUGUGGGGUCCGCAUUGGAAACAUGUUCGAGAACACUGGGAAAUGAGGAAUGAGCCGAAUGUCUGCUUCCUCACUUUCGAAUCCCUUUGCUAUGACUUCCAUAUCGGCAAAUUGAAAGCCCCUAGAAGCGGAUUUGCGUUCACGGCCACGAAUCCCCACCGACAGAACGCGAUCGAGGAGAUCGAGAGGCUAGCCCGAUUCCUCGGGAAGGACCUGACCCAGGAACAGACGAAGGCCGUGGAGGAAGAGGCCUCGAUCGAGCGAAUGAGGGAAAAGUCCCCCGUGACCGAAUCCAACUACAGGUGGAAGCAUUUAAAUCCUAGUCGCGAUACGGCCGAGUCCUUCAUUCGAGGCGGCCGAGUCGGUGGGUGGCGGAAUGUGCUCGACGAGGACCAAGUCGAGAAGAUCGACAAAUACAUCAGGGAAUAA